GGGAAAAAAUGGCGCUGAGCAUGUCGGCUGUGUUAAAAGGGUUCUUUUCAAAUAAGCAUAUUAUCGGACGUAGCAUAGGGGCGACCAGCUGCUGCGCUCGCCUAACCCAAAAUUCUGCUCGGGGAUUUGCGACACAAAAGCACAGCAGUACUGGCACCGUACCGCCAGUGCCGAAGCGGCCUCCUUCUGGCUUCAUUCUCUUCGCGGCCGACGCCAGAAAGAUCGUACUCAAGGAAAACCCAGCCCUCACAGCUACUGAAGUUAUUAAGGCAGUUGCAGGAAAAUGGAAAACUGCUGACGAUAAUACAAGAAAUAAAUAUGCUGCUUUAGCUCGUGAACGCUUUGAGCAGUAUCAGAAAGAAAAGGCUGCCUACGAUUCUCAAUUGACUGAGCAGCAGAAGGAAGCCCUUGAAGACGUCAGGCUGGACAAGAAAUUGAAGCUCACUAAAAGGAAGUUGAAUGAUAAACUCAAAGAACUGGACAAACCUAAAGGAGCUCGGUCAGCUUAUGUGCUGUUUUCUACAGAAAUGCGGAAGAAGCUACAGGAGAAACCUCCAAAGAGUACAGUUGGCAGAAGUAUUUCUUCGUGGUUUCUAGGGAAGCUGCCUAGUAAAAGUGAGGUUCCAUCCCCACAGCUGCCAUUCCCUGUGAUGGAACCUGUGUCAUGGAGCACUGUAGUUACAGGGCCUUAUCUGCUAGGCUACCAUGGAGAUGAUGACUCAACUUGGUGCCAUGUGGAAGCAGCUGCCCGAAGAAAAGAAACAGGCAUAUGUACACAAAGCUGAUGAGGACAGGAUCCGAUAUGAACAAGAGAUGAAGAUCUGGUCAAAUAGGUUGGAGAAGGAAGGCCAAAGUGACGUGCUGAAUGACCUAAGAGAAGACCUUCGUGAAAUUCGAAGGAGCAAGCAUGGCUCUGCUCGCAAGACUGUCGCAUAGAAAUGCAGGGAAAAAAAACAGGGCAAAAUAUUUUUUUCCUCAUUUUCUUCCUCUGCCUGUGUUUACCAAUACACAUUCAUUCUUCAGGGACUGUUGCAUAUUUUAGCACGCUGUUCCAUCUUUGCUGCCUUCAUUACCAUUACCCUGCAUUAACUUGUUUGCAUUAUUGCUGCUUGCCUAGUAUACUCUUGACAUUUUUGAUGCCUACAGUUAAAUUUCAGCAGUGUAUUGAAUAUUUAAUUGCGAAUUUUUUCGCUUAGCCAUUUUAUGGUGACUGCUCAGCUUGCAUAGAUACACCAGAGAUUUAAUUUUUUUAUUCAAACUUUUUGAACUAGUGCCGUUAGAGAGCCUUUUUUUUUUUUUUUUGGCACCACACAUUUCAGCACAUUAUAUAUGUGAGGAGGGUGCUUUGUACAUAUACUUUUGUUUUGCAAAGCGAUGUAGGGGCUUAUUGCUGUCAAAAAAAAGAGAGAGAGAGAGAGAAAAACUCCAAGGGUUUGUAUCUGAAAGCGGGAUGUUUCAUGGUGGCAGUCACAAUAUUGUGGAGCUCAUCCUAAUACCAUGUUUAAACACUAGGGAUGAAAAUACUAAGUUCCUAUGGAACUAGUGGUACUGCUCAUAUGAUUCACUUUAGUCAUAUGCUAUAGUUCUUAUUGUUAGGUGGUCAUAUUGUCCUGAUGUAGUUGAAGGUUUAUUCUUGUGCAUAUCUCCUGUACUGCACUGGAAGUACACAGUGUAUGUUAAAUUUUUCGAUUGCUGUUUUUGACAGUGAAUUUUGUGUAUGUUACCAUAUCCAAAUCACUGAAAAAAUUUGAUGAUUCCAAUCGAAAGUAUAAAAAAAAGUAAAAGACUAGUUAAAUAAGUUAAAUAAACAGUACCUGCCUAUGUUCUU